GCACAGAAAUUGUAUCAAACAUUGGUAGAAGAAUGCCAAAAAAGCUCACCAGUCUUUACAUAACCUGAGUGGGGGUGAAAUCAGAAACUAAAGACAUCUUUUUUCCAUUGAUGUUCACAUGAGAAUGUCAUAAGUGAAAUGUAAAUUGUUACUUCUGUUUAACCACACAAAGCCAGUCUGAGCUUUGUUCACUCACUGCAGCGAGGGGACCUGGUACUGGGAGUGCAGAGGCUACCAGAAGCCAAAGCUAACAGUUAACAGCUACCCUGGCUGAAAGCAGCAGCCCUAGUGCAGGGAGGAGGGGGUCCAAGCUGCAGAGGAGCUCUGCCCUUCAGUUGCUGACUUAGCAGGUUGUGGCAGGAGCCUGGAGAGCAUGGCUAAUGGUGCCCAUACAGGGAAAGCAGGGGCCAAGGUCACUGCAGCAUUGUCUUGGGACAUUACUCAGGCUCCUCUUAGCUUAGGCUUAAUGGGAGCAAAUGAAGAGACCAACAGCUGCCCCUAGGGAACCCCCUUGGAGACAGCAGGCUUACAUCCUGCACCUGGUGAUCACACAGAAGGGAUUGUCUGCAUGAGAUGCUCCACAUGUGUGCAUCAAGGUACUCCCUCAUUUAGUCACUCAAAGUAGAUAGAUGCAUUCAUAUCAAGACCAGAAAAGACAAUUCAGUCAUAAGGACUCCCUGAGAACUACACUACGUGACUCCAGCUGAGCUACUGAGCAGGUUUGAGGAAGUCACCCAACAGGAGGGAGCAGAACCUCAGAGCAGGGCUGGUAUCAAGAGGGACUGGAGGUAGGUGGUAAAUGGUAACCACAAGCCUGCCCAGAGCACUCUCCAGAAGAAGCAGGGCAACUGAUGCCAGGGCAGGGACUUCAGUGUGAACCAAUCCCCUGGGCUGUUCUUUAUCAUGUGCUUGAAUCACAAACUGAGAGGGGCAAGUCCUGUAAUCCCCCCCAGGCUAUGUGGAUACAAUGCUCCUGAUCAUCAGUUAUGCAAUGACUGCAGCAAGCUAUAGUGGAGGUGCUAGCAUUUGCAUGUCAAGGUACCCAGCAAGCCACAGCCAGACUGAAAACCAUUGUGGAACACUUGAUGCUGUGCCACAGAAGUCAGCUGGAGCUCCAGAACAUCCUAUGACUCUGCUACCUUGGCAUAAGCCUGUACUGCCCAGCUGAGGGGUUGCACAAGGGCUAGCAGAGCUGCCAGGGUGGCUUUCUCUCAGCCCAGAGUCUUUGGCAAGGGCUGAGCCCAGCUGAGUCUCGCCACUGCUGGAGCUCUGCAAUCUCCCCACGGGCAGCAGCCGCUCUGGAGCCACUUGUGGCCUGGCACAGCUCUUCCUUUGGGUACCAUACCUGCUCCUUGCUCGAGAGCUAGCGGGGCCAGCACUCAGCCACACCUCUGUCCUCCUUUUCCUGGUUUUCUGUCCACAGCUUACUUUUACAUGCUGCAAACCAUCUACCCCUUCAUUCUGCUCUCCUUCUCUCCUCUGCUUCCCUCCCUUUCCCCCUCCCCCUGCCUUCUCUCCCUCUGUACUUUGUGAACUGCUGCUGCAGUGCUGAAGUCCAAAGUUCAGUAACUUACUAAGCACACAGAUAAAUAUGAACCUUGGAGAAUUUACAUUGCUCCAAUGUAAACAGAUAGCCAAGGGUCCCUUUAUCAGCACUGGCUCAGGACAGUCGUGGGGGGUCUGAAGUGGCUCAAUUUUGUAUUUUGCUUUUUUUGGGGGGUGUGAAGGCGGGAGGCUGCGCGGCGCCCGCUCCGCUGACAGUCGGGCGCCGUUACCUCGGGAACAUGGUGUAGGGAAGGCUGGAGGCAGAGCCACCUGAAAUCCAGCGCCAAGAGACACCAGCCUGAAGACCAUGGUCUCGAAGCUGAGUCAUCUUCAAGUGGAGCUGCUGGGAGCGCUGCUGGAGUCAGGGCUAACCAAGGAGACCCUGAUCAAGGCGCUGAGCGAGGCGGAACCCUACGCGCUGCAGAGCGAGAGCCAGCGCGCCAUCAGCGCCCUGCAGGGCGAGAAAGGGGAGCCCUGUCCUGACAUCCACACCCUGCCCAACGGAGCCGCCGACUCCCGGCUCUCCGAGGAUGAAACCUCUGACGACGGGGAGGAAUUUACCCCUCCAAUCAUGAAGGAGCUGGAAAACUUGAGCCCUGAGGAGGCUGCUCACCAGAAGGCUGUGGUGGAAAGACUAUUACAAGAGGACCCCUGGCGAGUAGCAAAGAUGGUGAAAUCCUACCUCCAGCAGCACAACAUCCCUCAGCGUGAGGUGGUGGACACUACUGGUCUGAACCAAUCUCACCUCUCACAACACCUCAACAAGGGCACUCCCAUGAAGACCCAGAAAAGGGCAGCCCUCUACACCUGGUAUGUCCGCAAGCAGCGAGAGGUGGCGCAGCAAUUCACACAUGCUGGCCAGGGUAUCCUGACAGAGGAGCCCAUGGGAGAUGACCUGCCCACCAAGAAAGGAAGAAGAAAUCGCUUUAAGUGGGGUCCUGCCUCACAACAGAUCCUGUUCCAAGCCUACGAGAGACAAAAAAACCCCAGCAAAGAAGAGCGAGAGGCACUGGUGGAAGAGUGCAACAGAGCGGAGUGCAUUCAGAGAGGCGUUUCCCCAUCGCAGGCCCAGGGCCUGGGCUCCAACCUGGUGACGGAGGUGCGGGUUUACAACUGGUUUGCGAACCGUCGGAAGGAGGAGGCGUUCCGGCACAAGCUGGCCAUGGAUACCUUCAGCGCCCCGCAACCCGCCCCAGCUCCCGCGCUGACCCCGCACAGCUCCUCCUCCCUCCAGCCGCCGCCCGCGCUCUCACCCAGCAAAGUUCACGGGGUGAGGUACAACCAGCAGCCAGCCAGUGAGGCAGAAUCCCCCAGCAGCAGCCACCACGGGAACAGUUCCAUGGUGACCACCCAAACCAUCCUGCAUCAGGUUUCUCCCCCUGGACUGGAGCCCAGCCAGAACCUACUGAGCACAGACACUAAGCUGGUCUCAGCUCCUGGAGGAACUCUCCCUCCUGUCAGCACCUUGACUGCCCUGCACAGCAUAGAGCAAAAUCCACACACACUGAGCCAGCAAACUCAAAACCUUAUCAUGGCAUCACUGCCAGGGGUAAUGGCAAUUGGAGCGGGUGAGACCUCCUCCCUAGCACCAGCAUUCACCAACACAGGAGCCUCCACCCUGGUGAUAGGCCUGGCCUCAACCCAGCCACAGAGCGUACCUGUAAUAAACAGCAUGGGGAGCAGCCUCACUACCCUGCAGCCUGUCCAGUUCUCCCAGCAACUGCACCCAUCCUACCAGCAGCCCCUCAUGCAGCAAGUCCAGAGCCACAUCAACCAGAGCCCCUUCAUGGCUACCAUGGCCCAGAUACAGAACCCUCACGCUCUCUAUGGCCCCAAGUCUGAGGUGGCCCAGUACACACACACAGGCCUCUUGCCACAGACCAUGGUGAUCACAGACACAGCCAACCUCAGCACCCUGACCAACCUGACACCAACUAAACAGGUAACAGCCUUCAUUCCAUAGGCAUUCACACCCGACUCGGAGACCCACACAGAGUCUGGGAUGCACACGCCAGUGUCACAGGCACCCACGAUACAUCUACAGAGCCAGGACACAACCAUCCAGCACCUUCAGCCAGGCCCUCGCCUCACCUCCAGCCCUGCUGUGUCCUCCAGCAGCCUGGUGCUGUACCAAAACUCUGACUCCACCAACAGCCACAGCCAGCUGCUGCCAUCCACUCACAAUGUCAUCGAGACCUUCAUCUCCACCCAGAUGGCAUCCUCCACUCAGUAACCAAGACAGCUGGCUCCAGGGCGACUGCCAUGACCAACCUGUCAGGUGCAGCUCCAGCUGUGUUUGCCAUCACUGUCACCACUGCCUCACAGGAGGGAGAGGCUGCUGUGCCCAGCUGACCUCCAGCCCCUGCCGCCUUGCACAAAUCCCUUCCUCAGCUUCCUCCGUGGGAGAUGUCCCUGGCUCAAGACAGAAGCCAAGGAAAGAUGAUGCUGGCACUGCUACAAUCCACUGCCCCCUAAAAAACCCAAGCAAACCUCACAAGCCAGCUCAGAACGACCAGAUGUCCUUCUGUGGCUGGCCAAGGAGUCCCACCAAGACAGGGACCUGAAUGCUAUGUGGUAAAAAAUGCCAGGGUGUGACUGGGACUUGGACUUUGCUUAGCUCCUCAUCAAGCUGGGCCUGUACAAGCCUGCCAACAGCAGACCAAGCCAUGCAGGACAGAGCAAGGCUGAGCUGCCAAAGAAGGGACACCACCUCUCCAGUACUCGCCUCCUUUGCUGUAAUGAAGCUCCACUGAGUACUCCUUGGAGGCAAGGGGAAGAGGAGAGAAUUUGGUUCCUGAUUUUUCAAUGAAAUCCAGAAACAGAUUCAGGAACAGCUUGGCACAAACCUGCCAGUAUGGGAUCACUGACUACAAGCUACAAAUCUUUUAAACACAGAAAUCCCAAGCAGUCCCAGUCCCAAAUGACCUGCUCUAAAAUCAUGCUGUCCCAGUGGAAAUGGCUUGGUUAUUUUUGAUAUAGCUCUGCUUUGUUUUAAAUGCAGAUAACAAAUUAAAGUUCAACAGCAGCAAGGAGACUCCAGUUUUCUACCAUGAACCAUGGGGAUUCCAGGAGUCAGGGGAUGGCACUCACCACUCCCUGACU